CUGCUGACCAAUGAGAUGGAGGCUGUGCUAUCAUCCCAGUAGCAGCAUCAGUUGUGUGUAUUUGUGAGAGAGUGUGUGUGUGCGUGUGUAGUAGCUUUAAACGGGGGAAUCUGGACACCCUCUCUUUGAAUUGAACAGGACCCUCUGCAGGCAGGCCGUGCUUCUUCUUUUUUUUACCCCUCUCAAUGUGCUUUUUACCAAAUGGAAGCAGAGGUGUUGAACCCCCAGAUGAUGGCAGACGUCAAUGGCAACAAUAAAAUCACCAACGCGGAGCUGGAGGUGUUAAAGCUUCAGGAAUUGGUCCGAAAAUUGGAGAAGCAAAACGAACAAUUGCGGACUAGAGCGAACGCUGUAAACAAUUGCUCCAUCGGCCCUUGUCUCCAGACCUCGUUGUCGUGUCUGCACGGGGGUACGGCGUGUCCGAGUGACAAUUUCUCCAGUAAAUAUGGCAUUUUGAGUCCGACACUGUCGCAUCCGUGUGCCCCCGGACCCCGAGGUUCAACGGAGGAGCCGUUCGCCUAUUUUCAGCCGAGCUCGGUGUCUCCUGAUGCCGAUGGGGAGGACAGCGGCGCCGCCGGAGACACAACUGCUUUGGAUGAGGUUGAUAUUUUGGACCUCAACACCGUGCUUCCUGUAGGAGAGCCAGAUAGCUGGCUGUAUGUGAGUCCCAAAGCCAAACUGCAGGGCGAGAGUGUCCUCAGCCCUCUCCAGUGGUGCAGGCAGGUACUGGACCACCCGGGGCCCGAGGUGCAGCUGGCUAAGAUGACCCUCUGUCACAGACUGGACCAAGCUAAGCGGAGGCGAGGAGUCUCCUCCGUCCGUCCAUACAGCUGCAUAGAGGGGCUCUCCACCCUCAGCUGCCCCGUCCUGCCUUACACGAAAUCUGCUGCACUAACCGAGUCCCCAGCCCCAUUGCCAUCAUCUGGUCAGUCUUUUCUCCAGCCGACUCUCCCGCUCAGGGCCAGCUGUAGCCUCAGUGACAGAGCGCCCACCUUCCUAUCAAACUCCACCCUCCACAACGUGGGUCGCCGUCAUGCAGCAAUCAGCCCUCAGUCUUCCGUGGACAGCGAGGUCUGUGUGUCGGAGCUGGAGGAUGACGCCAUCUCUAUGAGCUACAAACUGCAGGACAUGACAGAUGUGGAGGUCAUGGCACGACUUCAGGAGGAGAGUCUCCGACAGGACUAUGCCUCUACCUCAGCCACAGCCUGCCGUCGCAGCUCCAGCUUCUCAUUACACUCCCUCAGGCGCAGUGAGAUGGAUCUGGAGGAGGAGGAUGAGGAGGACGAGGGCUAUGACCAGCUGCCUCCUCCCCAGCCGCGACUUUUCCGCACAGGGUCUAUGCAGCGGGGCAGCCUGCCCCACUCUCACACCUUCUCCAGUAUCAGAGACUGCAGACGCAGCUCAACCACCCCUCAGUUUUCACUCAGUGGACUCUCCCAGUACUCUGGACCCUCCAGCCUGACCACAGAAACACACACAGCAUACAGGAAUAGCACAGACAAACUACGGAGAAGCAUGCCCAACCUGAUCCGAGCUCCCAGCAUGCCCAGUGUUCCCAGUAUUCCAUGCCUGGCUUCCCCUGUCAACCCACCCUCCCACGGCCCCACCUCCUUGCCAGCGAUAUCCUCUCUCCGGAGCAGCCAGAGCUUUGACUCAUCCAGUGGGCUUGCACGACUCCAGUCCUCCAUUCCCUCCCCAGGCCAGCUCAGUCAGCGAGUCCAGAGCGUGGGGAACUUCCCCACCACUCCCCGACACCCACUAAAAGCCACAGCCUACGUAAGCCCCACAGUGCAGCAGGGCCCCACCUCCACCUCACUGUCCACCUCUACCAGUCUACAUUCCAUCCCCAGCAGUGCUGCACUGCCUCAGCCCCUCAAACCUAGCAGCAGUUUGGUACCUCAGCCCCUAAAAGCCAGCACCAACCAGCCUGCUGUCCUUCGCAGCUCCCUGCCUCGCCCAGCCUCCUUUGUAGGGACAAGUGGAGUUCCACGUGCAAGCAAAAUCACCCAACCCACACGCAGUUUGCUGACUCCUCCAAAGAGCCUGGCUGCCCUGAGUGCCCUGAGGGAUGGCAGCUGGAAAGACGGUUGCUACUGAACCCAAAUAAACUGAAGUUCAAGAGGUGCACAGGGUAACGCUGCAUGGGACCCAACUGAUUUAAAACUUUGCCGUCAGGAGGGCCCAGUCUUGGGCUGUGACCCAAGAGAGAGUGACUGUUAACAUUUCUAAAAGGCACUACUCUUCACUGAAGGACAAAGUAGAGACUGAGAACAGUAUGGGUCCAGCAGGCUGGAUCUUUACAUUACUACCUGCUGAAACACAGACUGACACACUAUGAAACAACCUGGCAAUAUUCUGAAAAUCAGUUGUUAAAUGUGAACUGGAUCUUCUUUGAUAUGUGUUUCUUUUUUUUAUUUGUUAUUGUGGAUAGUUAAGGCUUUCAUUCAACAGAAUGAAAAUUUCUCUCCAGUUGAAAGCUUAGAAAAAAAUAGCCCACGCUUUUGUACAUGCUUUUAAUGAUUUCAUAUGACUAAUUUUGCAAUUAUACAUUUUUGUCAGACUGUGGUGUCAGAUAUGAAGUUGAACCUGGAAUUUUGUUACAUCCUGUGCCUGUUAAAAAGUAGUGUAAUUUAUGUCAGUUAUAUUUAUUGGCUGGACCUCGCAGCACUUUUGAUCAGAAUUAAUGAUUAACACAUUAAAAUAAAUUAUCUUCUUGGUUUCUUAAGUAAAGUAUAACAUUUGUUAAAGUAAGUGUACACACAUUAUUGUUUGGCUAUUUUCUUUUAAUUUUUGUUUACAUAAGAGCUGAGAUUUUUUAUGUUCUUUGAUAAACAAAAUCACUGCAAUGAUAUUGCACACAGAACCCUGAUGCUUUUUAUGGAUGACAAGAAUUUAAAGAGGAGGUGAAUUUUUAAAGUGAAUAAAAGCCUUUCAAGAUA